GGGCCUCUUACUUUAACUCUGUUAUCAACCCUUUUCUUCUUGUUCUCGUCUUUCCUACUCUUUUAUUUCUCUCAUUAUUUCUCUCUCUAACAAGUUCAUCUCUAACAAUCUCGCUACCCAUUUCAAGAAAAGUAGUUGUGCUGCCCGAGAGGAUCAAACUAGGAUUCGUUUGUGAUGGCAGAAAACAUGUCUCCCAAUGUGCAAUUGGAUGACCUUUCAGCUGAGGAUAUUACCCUAUCUAAACCUCAAGGCAAUUUAGAAGAGCCUUUUGGUGUACCUGGGUCUUUUACAGAUGAAGAAUAUCCUUUUCUAACCCCAGAACCAAAGCUUGCUUCACAUGAAAAAUAUGAUCACCCAAGUUACACCUCAGAGAUAUUUUCAAGCUUUAUUAGUGGAAGUACUGACAUGUCUUCUAAAGAAGGCUCUGAAAAUUUUCCGUCAUCAUCAUCAUCAGAUGCUGAAUCUGCAACAUCUGACCAGCAUGCCAACAGCGAUGAAGACCUUCAGCCUAAGGUAAUCAACUUCGAGUUCGACACCAAUGGAAUGGAAGAAGAACUUCACGUAACCAAUCAAGUAGAUGGAGAAGUUAUGCUUGAAGAAAAGAAGGAAGAACUCUAUGACAAAUUGCUUGAAAAAGUGGCUAAUUAUGAGGUUGAGCUCAAGUGUACGAAGAACAAGCUUCAAUCUUCUGAAGAAGAAAUUGCAAGGUUGAAGAACGAGAAUUUGACUCUAGUUGAAGAGCUUGGGAUUUCAAAAGAGAAACUUCGAAUUUGUGAGGAUAACAUGGGCAAAAUGGAGCAUGAUCUUAGACAUGAACUUGAACAAGGUCAGCAUCAGUUUCAACAUCAACUAGAUCUGGCCAACCAAAGCAUUGAUCAAUUACAAACUGAGCUGGGUUCGGAAAGGAGGCUGGUUUCUGAGCUCCAAGAGAUGAUUAACAAGACUAAAAAUGAUUUAGAUGAUUAUAAUCGCGAAAUUGAGAAGCUCAAACUUGCCUUAGAUGAUGCCCAUAAAGACGCUUCCAACGACAGGACACAAUUCCAGUAUGAAAUCUCUUGUCUGAAUGAAGAAAAAGAUGCUUUGGAGCUGAAACAGAAAGUGUUAGAGGAGCAGAUAAACCAAUAUGAAAGUGAAAAGAUUGAGGCUGGAAAGUCGCACGAAGCAAGAGAAACUGCUUUGUUAGACGAGAUCAAACAGUUAAAGAUCGAGUUAUCCCAACAAAGUUCUGUUGUCGAGACUCUGAACCAGAACCUUGAUGCUAACAAUCUGAAGUAUGACACUCUUAUGGCACAGAAAGAUGAAGUGCUUGCUAAAGUGCAGACGCUGGUUGCUGAACUGAAUGCUCGAGAGAUUGAUAUGCUGCAAAUGGAGGAGCGCAUCAGCAAAAUGAAUACCGAACACAGGGAGCUGUUAAGUGAAUCAGAGAACACAGAAAAACUGGUGGAGGAAUUGAGAUUGAAAGUACAUGAUCAAGACCAAGAGAUGGAGAAGCAAAGAGGUGUUAUUCAUGAUUAUGCGAAUGAGAAAAGAGAAGCUAUUCGACAGCUUUGUUUCUCGUUGGAAUACUACAGAAAUGAGUACCAUGAACUCCGUCAAGUUUUCACCAAGUGCAAGCAGUCUGCAGUUAUGGCUGCAUAAGGAAGCAUUAUGAACUAUGUUGUAUAUGUGUGAUAUUGCUGUCAAUUAAUCUUGAUUAGUUUCUACCAUCUUGUUCAGCCUGUAAUGUUUUUUUGUUCAUGUGAUUCAGUUAUAGUAUAGUUAAACUAUAUUCAUCCUGUUUAGGUUGUAUGCUUUGACAGUCAUUGUCCAUUCUAUGGAGAAAUAUCCAAAACUGGUUUCUUAUUUUGUACUAUAAUAUGUAGUAGCUAUAAGUGGGUGAAGCU